AUGACAUUUAGCAAGGGGUUCAACCGUGCAAUAGGAAGCUCAUUCGCUGGAAUCUUGGCCAUUGCCAUAGCUCAAGUUGCAUUAUGUACAGGAACAAUUGCUGCACCUAUAAUAAUUGGUGUUAGCAUAUUUUUCAUUGGUAUUAUAACAUCAUUCAUGAAGAUAUGGCCGUCACUAGUACAAUACGAAUACGCGUUUAGGGUGACUCUAUUUACUUUCUGUUUGAUCGUAGUUUCUGGCUACCGGAUGGGACACUCUAUCACGGUGGCUGUGGACCGCCUCUACUCGGUGGCGAUUCGAGGGAUCGUAGCUGUUUUAGUGAAUGUGCUCGUAUUCCCUGAUUCACUUGAAGAAUGCGUGAUAAAUUAUAUAGAUUUUGAUGGGUCAAAAGACAUAAACUCUUCGAGGAUUGUUCUUGAUGAGCUUUCCAAUGAAUCUGCCUAUAAAAGAUGUAGAAACAAUCUAGUUGCCUCUAUCAAGUUGCAAACUUUGGCAAGUUCAUUAAAAUGGGAGCCCCCUCAUGGUAGAUUCAAGCAAUUUUCCUAUCCAUGGUCUCAGUACGUCAAAAUCGGUACCAUUUUAAGGCAAUGUGCUUACGAAAUUAUGGCCCUCCAUGGUGUCCUCCAUUCUGAAUCACAGGCACCCUACAAUCUUCGAGUAUUGUUCAAGCAAGAGAUGCAAGACUUAACCGACCUAGCCACAAAAUUUCUGAGGGGUUUGGGGCAGGACAUUAACAACAUGAAGAGAAGUCUACAAACAAGCACAACACUUCUUACACAAUUACAUAGCUUAACAUAUCAACUUCAAUGGGCUAUAAACCAACAUUUACAUCUCAACAACAAAUCCAAUAUCUUGGAAGAGAGUAAAGCUAUAUUAUCAUUGGUUACAUUUUGUUCUUUGCUCACUGAAAUUGUGGCAAAACUUGAUCACCUUGUUGAAACUAUUGAUGAACUCUCCAAGAUGGCUAAAUUUAGUCAAUAUGCAAUUAACCCGAUGUAA